AACCCCAACCCCAACCCUAACCCUAACCCUAACCCUAACCCUAAACCUAACCCUAACUCUAAUCCUAACCCUAACCCUAACCCUAACCCUAACCCUAACCCUAACCCUAACCCUAACCCUAACCCUAACCCUAACCCUAACCCUAACCCUAACCCUAACCCUAACCCUAACCCUAACCCUAACCCUAACCCUAACCCUAACCCUAACCCUAACCCUAAUGGCCGUAACCCUAACCCUAACCGUAACCCUAAUGGCCACCCUAACCCUAACCCUAACCCUAACCCUAACCCUAACCCUAACCCUAACCCUAACCCUAACCCUAACCCUAACCCUAACCCUAACCCUAACCCUAACCCUAAUGCUAACCCUAACCGUAACCCUAACACUAACCCUAACCCUAACCCUAACCCCAACCCUAACCCUAACCCUAAACCUAAACCUAACUCUAACCCUAACCCUAACCCUAACGCUAACCCUAACUCUAACCCUAACCCAAACUCUAACCAUAACCCUAAACCUAACCCUGACCCUAACCCUAACCGUAACCCUAAUCCUAACCCUAACCCUAACCCUAACACUAAC